AGUUAUAUUUUAUAUGCUUAUCUUCAAGUUUGUCACCCUCAUUAUCUUUUCCUGAGGCACUUUGUAGGUUUUAGCUACCUGAGGCUGGCAAAGCUGGGUUCAGCAGGAAGCCUCUUCUUUGAGUGCCACUGGUUUGGGGACCAACUGUGUGUCAAGCUGUCCGUCCUGGCUGGAGCCAGAUCCCUGCCAGGGCUGCAGGUCCUUAGUGGACUGGCAGGGCUGCAUGGGGGAAGGGGACGGGAAGGAACACUUGGUAACCUGCUUUUCUCUCAUUCCUCCCACUUGCAGAAAAAAAGGAGGGCAGCCACUGCCCGUCGGCAGCACCUGAAGAGUGCUAUGCUCCAGCUUGCUGCCACUGAAAUAGAAAGAGAAGCAGCUGCUAAAGAAGUGGAAAAGCAAAACUACCUGGCAGAGCAUUGCCCUCCUCUGUCACUCCCAGGAUCCAUGCAGGAACUUCAGGAGCUGUGCAAAAAGCUUCAUGCCAAGAUAGAGUCAGUGGAUGAGGAGAGGUAUGACACAGAAGUGAAGCUACAGAAGACUAACAAGGAGCUGGAAGACUUGAGCCAGAAGCUCUUUGACCUGCGGGGCAAGUUCAAGAGGCCGCCCCUGCGCAGGGUGCGCAUGUCCGCUGAUGCAAUGCUGCGGGCCCUGCUGGGCUCCAAGCACAAGGUCUGCAUGGACCUCCGAGCCAACCUGAAGCAAGUCAAGAAGGAGGACACCGAGAAGGAGAAGGACCUCCGUGAUGUUGGUGACUGGAGGAAGAACAUUGAGGAGAAGUCUGGCAUGGAGGGCAGAAAGAAGAUGUUUGAGGCUGGCGAGUCUUAAGCACCUGCCUCUCCACACCCAUCCUCCGCUCUCUCCUGUCCUCACCUUCACCCUGGGCUCAAGGGCACUGACUGGGUGCCGUUUUUCUCUGGUUUUGCGAAGAGCUGCAUCCUGGCAGCAGCAGUGUAAAUAAAGCUUUGGCAGGAGAGGCGGGUGUUGCCUGCCUGGGGGGCCAGACCCCGA